GCUCCCCCCGGCCCCCAAGCCCUCCCGGGGGCGCCAGGAAGCCGUCUGGGUUCUAUCCCCAGGAAAACGUGGCCUCUCAACUAUGGGGGGGGCCUGGAGGAGGCCUCGACCUCUCUCCCUGACCCGAGGAGAGGCCCAGCGCCUCACCCUCACCCCGUCUUUGUGCAGGGCGCCGGCGGCCAUUGUGUCUGUGUGGAGAAUGGAGGAGCCGGCAAUCCGCCACCGCCACGUCCAGGGCUUUGGGGGAAUUCAAAGAAAACCAAAGGCGUUUCUGGGGUGUCCCCGGCCGUCAGCUUGCCGGAAAGGCCGAGGGAUGGCCUUUCCGAAGUCAGACCGCAGAUCCGAAGCAGUUUCCCCCUCCCUUCGCCCCCCAUCGAAACCUUGAGCCCCAUGGAGAAGUCCCUUCAGGGUUUCGGAGGCUCACCCUGGGCUGGUACUUGAAAUAGAAAAGAAAAAAAAAAUUUCACACACACACACACACACACCACACACACACAACUAAACCCCACACCAGCCACCUCCGGGAGAGUUCUCCUGGCUCCCAGUAGGAGGCGGAGAGCCAAGGGGCGUGCAAGAACGAGGGGGCUGGGCUCCCGGGUAGCAGGAGGCCGUAGCUGCCGAGCGGCCGCCCUCGAUCCGGGCGAUGGAAGAGGAAACCAAGCGAGGGGGCCGGUUCCUGAGCUUCGUAAUUCCUGUGUCGCCUUCUGGGCUCCCAGCCUGCCGGGUCGCAUGAUCCCUCAAGCCGGAGCUGUUUUUUUUGCGAGCCGCCGCGAGGCCGGCUGAGUUACCGGCAUCCCGGCUGCCAGCUCCUCUCCCGACCUAUGAUACAAAAGAUCUUCCGGGGGCUGCACCUGCCUGCCGUCGCCUGAGACGGAUUUGAAUAACCUUAUCUUGGCUUUGGAUCACAGAAGAGGACCACUAAGCAGAGACCAGACUCAGUGAGUGAGCAGGUGUUUUGGACAAUGGACUGGUCGAGCCUAUCCCUAUUAUAAAAAUGUCUCAGAGCAACCGGGACCUGGUGGUUGACUUUCUCUCCUACAAGCUUUCCCAGAAAGGAUACAGCUGGAGUCAGUUUAGUGAUGUGGAAGAGAACAGAACUGAGGCCCCAGAAGGGACUGAAUCAGAGAUGGAAACCCCCAGUGCCAUCAAUGGCAACCCAUCCUGGCACCUGGUGGACAGCCCCGCAUUGAAUGGAGCCACUGGCCACAGCAGCAGCUUGGAUGCCAGGGAGGUGAUCCCCUUGGCAGCAGUGAAGCAAGCACUGAGGGAGGCCGGCGAUGAGUUUGAACUAAGGUACCGGCGGGCAUUCAAUGACCUGACAUCCCAGCUCCACAUCACCCCAGGGACAGCAUAUCAGAGUUUUGAGCAGGUAGUGAAUGAACUCUUCCGGGAUGGGGUGAACUGGGGUCGCAUUGUGGCCUUUUUCUCCUUCGGUGGGGCACUAUGCGUGGAAAGCGUAGACAAGGAGAUGCAGGUAUUGGUGAGUCGGAUCGCAUCUUGGAUGGCUACUUACCUGAAUGACCACCUAGAGCCUUGGAUCCAGGAGAACGGCGGCUGGGAUACUUUUGUGGAUCUCUAUGGGAACAACGCGGCGGCCGAGAGCCGGAAGGGCCAGGAACGCUUCAACCGCUGGUUGCUGACGGGCAUGACUGUGGCCGGCGUGGUUCUGCUGGGCUCACUCUUCAGUCGGAAAUGACCAGACACUGACCACCCACUCACCCUCCCACCCCCUCCUGUCCCCACCACAUCCUCCAUCUAGCCACCAUUGCCACCAGGAGAACCACUACACGCAGCCCACGGCCGCCUACCCACCCAUCACAGGGUUGGGCCUAGACCUGGUCCCCAGCAAUUAGUUUUCUAGAAUUUACCACGCUUCUGUGAGAGCUGCCCUCACCCUCACUUCAGUUCUCCUGGGCUCAAAACCCAGUUUCCCCCAAAUCUGCCCCAUGGAAGCUGGCAGGCAUAAGGGUAGUGGCUGGGGGCUGGAGGGCCCUACCGAUUUGGUGGAACCCCCUUAUCCCUUAGCUACCCCAAGAAUGCUUUCCUGCCAGGGAGAUGGAGAGUUUUCUGACCUUUUUCCCAGAAGGAGAGACUAGAUUGCCUUCGUUUUGAUGUUUGUGGCCUCAGAAUUGAUCACUUCCUACCCUCCCACCCCAGGACCUGGGUUCCCUUCCUUUCAUUCCCCACUCCCCAAAGCCACUUAGGGGCCACUUCUGACUAAUUAGGGAUUCAGGCUGCUUAGGAAAAGAAGCAAGAAUCAGGACCCCCUCCUCACCCCUGACCUGGCCAAAGUUCCCCCCCCCCCCCCGCCCCAUUCCAGUCUCCUCCAGAGACCUCUGGCUAGAGGCCAGCCCCACCCAGAGGGCAGGGGCUUUAGCUGCAGGACGCACCCAUGCCAAAGCUUGGGUGGCCCUUGCAGUUUAGCACCAUCCCAGUUCCCUUCCCCUCCCCUGGCUCCCAUGACCUCCACUGAGGGACCAACUGGGCCCAAGACAGGUGCCCCAGAGCUGUUUAUGGCCUCAGCUGCCGCAUCCUGCACGGAGAUCAGCCUGUGGCAUCUUUGCCUUGGGCUGCUUGUUCAUGGGGUCCAGGAGUUUAGGGGCCUUGGCCCAGAGGUGAAAAGAGCUACAGGGAGCAGCCGUGGAAGUCCUAGGGUCUUCCCUACCUCAGGCAGGAAGGGCAGGAAGGAGAGCCUGGUACAGGGGUUACAGGUGGGGCUGACUGGAGGGCCCAGUCCUGCCUGGCCAAACAUUUUUGUCCCACCCCCUUCAGCCUGGGCAGCGCGCUGCCAAGGUCAGAGUGGCCUGGCCAGGAGCCCCUCAGGCCUCCCUCUCUCCUCUGCUCCACUCACGGCCUGUCUCAUCCCUGGGGGUCCUGGCCUAGCCCUGGCUACCCCAGGCUCUCUGCUGUACAUAUUUGAGACUAGUUUUUAUUCCUUGUGAAGAUGAUAUACUAUUUUUGUUAAGCGUGUCUGUAUUUAUGUGUGAGGAGCUGCUGGCUUGCUGUGCGUGUGCACGUGGAGAGCUGGUGCCCGGAGAUUGAACAGCCUGACGCUCCCUCCCCUGCCCUGGUCCAGGGAAGCCACCUGGGGGUCCUGGCUCCUGAGGGGCACCUGUCCCUCCCCCAACCCCCACCCCACACUUGUUCCAGCUCUUUGAAAUAGUCUGUGUGAAGGUGAAAGUGCAGUUCAGUAAUAAACUGUGUUGACUCAGUGAA